CUCAUUCAUUCAUUACCAGAUGGUUAUCUUGCUUGUCAGAUAUAGGUAAUUGAACUUUAAUUAUAAAAGGGAAAGAAAGUACUUUCUUAUUAUUGUGGAACCGGUUAAACAAGUAAUUUACCAUGUCGGAGCCCCGGAAAAAUCAUCUCUCCAUAGAUGGAGGGCAAGUGAAAGAAGACGACAACGUCGCUACUUACAAGCCCAUACCAGAAUCCGAUACAGACUUUCGUACGGUCAAGUCCAAUUUGACCAAGUCUAAAGAGAAGGUGUCGGACGAGGCCGAGGAGAAGCUACUGGACAAGGAAGCGGAGGCCAAGAUAGUGACGCGGGUUGACAUGGCCGAUGCAAAGUAUGUGGUCGGCGACCAUAGGAACGGUGACGCCAAGAUCGAACUCGACGCCAAUAAAAGGCAGUUCUCUGGACUAACGAAGGAGGAACUCCUCAAGUAUGCAGACGACCCGUUCUGGGUGCGUCUGCGCUGGUUCAUGUUCAUCCUUUUCUGGGCGUUGUGGCUGUGCAUGCUGGCCGGCGCCAUCGCCAUCAUCAUCAGAGCGCCGAAGUGUGCCCCCCCGAAACCCAAGACAUGGUUCGAGAAAGGCCCUCUAGUUGACAUGACACUGACGAAAACAUACGCUGAUAUAGAAGAACAUCUGAAGCUGAUCCAAGACUCCAAGGUGCAGGGCAUCUUCAUCGACGUGCCGCUGACGUACGAGGUGUUGGAUCAGACAGAGCCAAUAGAACAGUUCAAGGCAUUUCUGGUGAAAGCGAAACAAUAUGGCACUAAAGUGAUAGUGGAUUUGACGCCUAAUUUCGUAUUCAACACAUCCCGAUGGUUCGAAUUGAGCGUGAAUCGUACUGGCGAGUAUACUGACUAUUUCAUAUGGGCCAAAGGGAAGGGCUUCUCAAGCAAUGGCUCCCGCCAGGAACCCAACAAUUGGGUUUCAACCCUGGACACCCCGGCGUGGACUUACAACGAGCAACGUGACGAGUUCUAUUUGCACCAGUUCGGAUCUGAGAAGCCUGAUCUGGACUUCCACAAUUCUGCUGUGGUGGAGCAUUUUGACAAAGUGUUGAAGAUUUGGAUGAAGGCGGGCGCAGAUGGUGUCAGAUUACGCAAUGCGCGCCAUUUGCUGGUGAAUACGUCUCUGCUGGAUGAGAAUAUGGAAUCGGACGCGGGAAGCGUAAAGGGCGCCGACCAUCUACAGUACAAGUUUUGGCGACACCAGCAUACCACCGACCAGCCCGGCCUCGACGAGCUGCUGGCGCGCUGGUCCAAGCUGGUCGAUGACAACGGACCCACGCCUGGAGCAGGUGAAACAGUAUUUACCCUAAAGGAAACCAUGCGACCGGAACUAUUCCUGUUGGCGCACAAUGUGACGAGUCUGCGGCCACCCUCGGCUGCACCCUUCACCGACCAAGCUGUUAACGCCAGUACACUUAGCGCUAAACUCUCGGACCGACUGCCGCACUGGCCCGCUCUGCAGUUGGCGACAGUAGAAGAUGCAGAGUUGGCUGAAUUCGCCAUAUUGUUGCCUGCCGUGCCUGUUUUCGACAUUGAGCAACUGCGGCCGGCCGGCAAUGAUUCAGAAGCUACGACGCUUCUGAAACACCUGGUGCCACUGCGUGACGACGCCACCAUCGAACACGGCAAGUACGACAUAGCUGUUGUACCAGCCGUCAACUCCUCCGUUGAGAUGUUGGCCUGCGCCAGGUGGAAGUCUGGCCACACUGGAUAUCUAGCUGUGCUGAACCCCAGCACUGAAGACGCUGUGGCGAAUCUGACGCUUCCCACAGUGCCCGCCUCAGUCACUGUUCACCACGUCACGCAGACAGUGAAGAUGCGUACAAAUUACAUCAACAACAUGGCGCUGCCAAGGGACGGCGUUCUGGUACCACAAGGAGCUACAGUCGUACUCUCGUACGUCCCAGCGAUGGCUGCCGAGAAUUAGAAUUGAUCAGCCAGAUCGCAGCUAAAAAUUCCCGCUUCUCACGCCUCCUGUAUUGGCGUCCUUUUUUUGCAUUUCUAUCACUCGAAUAAAUUAUCAUUGAGCAUUUAA